AUGAGCGAGCGGGAUCCCAGCAGCUGGAACUUGGAGGACGCCCGCAUCACCCGACUGCCCGGCGACGGGGAGGAUGCCUUUUACAUUGCAGAUUUCGUCACUCAGGAUGAGGAGGAGAGGCUCCUGCAGAAGAUAACAACCGCGCCCCUCCCCACCUGGAAACACCUCUCGCACCGGCGCCUGCAAACCUAUCCCUCGCCUUUGACAAACAAUAACACCCUCCUGGCCUCCCCACUCCCAUCCUGGCUCGUAUCCCCGAUCAUAACCCCCCACUUCGACCGCCUCGCGCUCUUCGCCGGAUCCCCGCACCGCGCCCCCAAUCACGUCCUCGUCAACGAAUACACCCCGGGCCAGGGCAUCAUGCCGCAUGAGGACGGCGCCGCAUACUACCCGCUUGUUGCGACGGUGAGUCUGGGUGGGGAUAUUGUGUUGGAUUUGUAUGAGAAGUUUAAGAGGGAUGAUGAUGAGAAGAAUGGGCACGAGGAUACCGGUAAUAAUGACGAUGGUGAUGAUAGCUCCUCGGACAAGCCUAUAACGAAGGAGGAGUUUGUUGCAAAGGAGGGGCGUGGUGGUCGGCAGCCGAAAUACCGGAUCUUGCAGGAAAGGCGCAGUUUGCUGGUGACUAGAAACAGCAUCUACAGGGAUUAUCUGCAUGGGAUCGCCGAGCGGUACAGAGAUGAGGGUCUGGGUCCAGAUUCUAUAUGUAAUUGGGACUUAUUGGGCCAUCCGGAGCGGUUCUGUGACGGAGCGAAUGCGAGGGAGACGCGGAUUAGCUUGACGUAUCGUGAUGUGCUCAAGGUUGCCAAACUGGGGAAUACGAUGAAGUUCUUGAAUAAGAGGUAG